UAUCCCAGCACCCGCAGACCUCAUCUCCGAAGUCCGAAAUACCCUUCCAAAUUUAUUGGACGGAAAUAACCUCAAUCUUUUGCCAUAAUCCCCGAACAACCCCUUUGAAUCUUUUCUACCUUUCCCUUUCUCUUCUUCCUCUCACUCUGUCUCAAAUGUCAAAAUCAUCUCUCUUCUCCUGCAAUUGCAGGCUUCCAUGGCGUUUCCGAUCCUUCUUUCUCUCUCCGUUCCCUCCAAUCCGAGCUUCGAUUCGACUCGGCCACUCGUUCUUCAGCUCGUACGGUGAUGGUGUUCCACGAUCGACAGAGCUGAAAUCGGAUCCCGAUCUGAAGUCCCGAGUCUCUAUUUCGAUUCUCUCGCAUAUCUCAGCAGAUUCUGAAGGAAUGUCAAGAGUUCUUACCUCUUUUGGGAAAGAACAAAUGCUGCUACUUCAAAAUAGUAUUCAUAUAACCUGCAUUGUAAAAGAUUGAAAGGAAGCUUAUUGAUUGAUCUCUCAACGAAAAGCAAGAAUGCAGAUAUUGUAAUUGAAUCAGCAGAGCAGAGGCUUCAAAGGCAAAGUGAAUCGGUGUUUUUGACGGACAAUGAAUGCAAACAGAGAACUUCAAAAUGUUUUCGUCCAUGAUUUCAUUCCAUGCAAAGAGGAUUUAGACACCUUUUAUCAGUAGCUUGGUUUCCAAUUAGAAUGAAGUAUUUAUUUUCUGGAGGAUUUAUUUGCACUUCCAUCUUGUCCUCUGUGCUGUGGAGCAGAAAGGAAGGAUCUUAGCAGCACCUAAGGAGUGGCUAGAUAUUUAAUUCUGUACAGAUGGGUGAUUAUAAAUUUUCCAUUGGCCAAGAGUUCUCUGAUGUCAAGGCAUUCCGAAAGAUGAUUAAGGAGGCUGCUAUUGCUCAGCACUUCGAGCUUCGGAUAAUAAAAAGUGAUCUGAUUCGUUACUUUGCAAAGUGUGCCAAGGAAGGUUGUCCAUGGCGCAUACGUGCUGUAAAGCUUCCCAAUGCUCCAACCUUCACAAUAAGGAGCCUUGAAGGGACACAUACUUGUGGCAAAACUGCCCAACUUGGCCAUCACCAGGCAUCAGUAGAUUGGAUUGUGAAUUUUAUAGAGGAACGGUUGCGGGGCAAUGUACAUUACAAGCCAAAGGAUAUAUUGCUAGACGUACAGAAGCAGUAUGGGAUUACUAUUCCUUACAAGCAAGCUUGGCGAGCAAAGGAACGAGGCUUGACUGCAAUUUUCGGAUCUUCUGAGGAAGGAUAUUGCCUUCUUCCCGCAUUCUGUGAGCAAAUAAAGAAAGCCAACCCUGGAAGUAUUGCGCAAGUGUUCACCACCGGGUCAGACCAUCGAUUUCAGCGGCUGUUUGUUGCUUUUCAUGCAUCAAUCUAUGGCUUUGUGAAUGGUUGUCUACCUCUUGUUGGUCUGGGUAGUAUCCAGUUGAAAAGCAAGUACCUUGGCACUUUACUUUCUGCUACGUCUUUCGACGCGGAUGGUGCAAUAUUUCCAUUGGCUUUUGGUGUUGUUGAUGUAGAAACCGAUGAAAGCUGGAUGUGGUUCUUAUCAGAGUUACAUAAGCUGCUAGAGUUGAACAUUGAGAAGAUACCUCAUCUAACAAUCCUGUCUGAUGGACAGAAAGGCAUAGUAGAUGCUGUAAAAAGAAAAUUUCCUAGUGCAUCCCAUGGGUUUUGCAUGCGCCAUUUAAGCGAAAACAUUGGCAGAGAGUUCAAGAAUUCAAGGCUUGUUCAACUUCUGUGGAAGGCAGCUCAUUCCAUCACCACCAUCGGAUUCAAAGAAAGAAUGGAAGAAAUUGAAGAAGUUUCUGCCGAUGCAGCCAAGUGGAUUAAACAGGUUCCCCCUUCCCGUUGGGCGGUGGCGUAUUUUGAAGGAUCACGGUAUGGCCAUCUUUCUUCAAAUAUCGAGGAAUUCAAUAGAUGGAUUCUUGAAGUGAGAGAACUCCCCAUAAUCCAAGUAAUAGAACAGAUACAUAGUAAAUUAAUGGCUGUGUUUAAUGAACGUUACGUGAAAAGUUUGGCCUGGACAUCGAUACUUGCCCCAUCUGCUGAGACACGUAUUUCAGAAUCAAUCGCUCAUGCGGGUGGUUACCAAGUACUUCGCUCAGAUGAAGUAGAAUUUGAAGUAAUAUCUGCUGACCGCUCGAAUAUCGUGAACAUUGGCACCCGUUCUUGUUCAUGUCGCGAUUGGCAGGUCCAUGGACUACCAUGCUCACAUGCUGUUGCAGCACUCCUCUCGUGUAGAAAGGACGUCUAUGAAUAUACAGAGAAGUGUUUUGCUACCGCUAGGUACCGUGAGACAUAUUCACAAGCAAUACAUCCCAUUCCUGAUAAAAGUGAAUGGAGAAAAGCAUAUGACGGUGAAGGGGAUGAGGACACUAGACUGGUACGGCCACCCAAAUUUCGCCGUCCCCCAGGACGCCCUGAAAAGAAGCGGCUAUGCAUGGAGGAUCAAAAUCGAGAAAAGCACACUGUGCAUUGUAGUCGUUGCAACCAAACAGGGCACUAUAAGACAACAUGCAAAGCAGAGAUCAUCCAGAGGAUAGAACAGUAUUAGAUAUGUGUAAUUUUGUACUUCCAAUCUAUAAAUCUCCCUCAAAUAGUAGUUUGUAUGUACCAUAUUAAAAAAUAGUAUUGCAUGUUGAAGGCGUGCCUGCUCAUGUAGUGUACAGUGAGAAGCAGCAAUGUAUUUUAAUCUAUACCGUGUUUGAAGUGAACUUUAGGAUUGGAGACAAUCUUUUACUA